AUCAAAUUACGAUUCAUGAACGCGAGUUUGUUUCUCAGUUUGUUUGGUUGAAAAAACAAAAUAAUCUCCUUUUCAGAUCAAUUAAACACUUUUUUGUGUUCAUUUUAAACGGUACAAAGUGAAUACAACAAAACCAAAAUGCCUUCGGCGGCUUCAAUUGAGAUUUCGACUAUAUUUAACGAUGUUAUAUCAAAUAACUUGAAAUAUUGUGGCGUUUGUUUGCGUACCGAAGAAGAGAGAAGAUUAGUGAACCCUGAGCACUUCUUAAAAUGCAUUGGAAUUAUGAGCCUUGCUGCGCCGCUGAUCAAAACAAUCUGCUACGUGUGCGAGGCAGAAGCGACGCGCGCGUUCGCUUUGUUCCAGGCGAUCAACUUCGCGGAGAUCAUCAACCAGUGGUUCAAGGAUAUGUCCGGGAAACUCAAGUAUAGGGACGAGAUGCCCGACUUCCUGGACCGGUAUAUCAAUAGGCGCGCUCGCUUACGAGGCUCCGCGCCGCUCGCCGAGUGGUGGCGGCGGGUGCGCGCGCGGUCCGAUCUGGUGCAGACUGAAGUGUUGGUGGUCAGCGAUGCGGCUCCA